AUGGGUUUAAGCUUUUUCGUCCAAUCAACUUGCUUAUUUUCCUUGCUUGUAUCCCUUACCCUAGUAGUUGGUGACGAGAAAAGGGUUUUCGAUGUGACAAAUUAUGGUGCUCGUGGAGACGGAAGAACAGAUAACAGCAAGGCCUUUAUUGAUGCAUGGAAUGGAGCUUGCCAAAACAUAGGAGGUGGUACGGUGCUGUUCCCAAAAGCAGGCACAUUCAUGGUGGCUCCGGUGGUUCUUCGAGACAUUGCGGUUGGAUUUUGUCACGAAAGGAAACAUAGACAGCAUAACAUCGCUCAACAGCAAAAACACCCACAUCAAUCUUUUCGCACGCAAGGCGUGUUUAUUCCCAACGUCAAGAUAUUAGCUCCGGGAAACAGUCCCAACAACGAUGGAAUCCACAUUGGCAGCUCACAGAACAUCUAUAUUGUAGAUUCACAUAUAUCCACCGGAGACGAUUGCGUCUCUGUUCUCCCCCGAUCGAAAUACAUUAACGUCACCGGUGUUCAAUGCGGUCCAGGCCAAGGAAUAAGCAUUGGAAGCCUGGGCAAAGGUGAUGGUGACACUGUUACUGACUUGUAUGCAACAAACAGCGGAUUUACGGGUACUCAGAACGGUGUGAGAAUCAAAACAUGGUCUGUGAAUUCUAAACCUGGAAGUGUCUCUCGUGUUGCGUUUGAGCACAUUGAAAUGGCGGGACAAUCCCAUCAUUAUUGA